AUGCUUAAAGUGAUGAACGCAUCCUUAUUCGCUUUGGUCUUGAUAUCUGCAGGCGUUGCCGUGCAUGCGGCUGUCCCUUAUCUUAAACCCAAAGGACCUAUGCCUGAUACUGCUGAACUUGCAGAAUCCGCUCUGGCCCCAUUUAUGGCAUUCGACGGCGGAUAUCUCUAUACUGCUGAGGGGCACCAAGACAUCCCAUCUGUAUGUGGGGCAGAGGCUCAUGCAGCGUCUCGCCUUAUGUUCCCUGUCACACUCAAAGACCUCGAUCGACUUUAUGGAACAUUGUCUACGCAGUAUUUGAAUCAAUCCUCCACCGCAUCCCAGGCCAAACUGGACAUGGUGGAAGGGUGUUUUCUCCGUUCCGACGGGGAAGAUGUGCCAUGCGUAGCGUGGUUACACUCUAAUCCAGAACAGUGCCGCAUGAAUAUAAAGGAUUCUACAGCUUAUUGGGCUUCUUGUGACCGCUCUUCAUUGUUUUCAUUCUCUGAAAAAGUGUUUGGAGGAGGGGCUGACUUGUUUGUGAAGAAUGUGCUUUGGGUUCGUGGGUUGCGUGAGCGGCUCCGGCGAUCCAUCAGGCUAACACAAGAAUCUGCUGUGGCUGGGAAAAGGCUUUGGAAUAUUGUGUCGGCUGGAUGGGAAAAGAAUGCCAUUCCGGAAGAUCAACAGGCCUUUCGCGAGGCUGUCAGUGCGAGGGGGGCGAAAAUUGUUACCAAGGCCUACGCCGAUGUUAUGGAUAAAUGGACUCUUAUAAAGAAGUGGAUAAAACCCUCGGUGGGAGAAGUUGAAGGUGAUGCAGAUGCCUUUGCAACGGAAAAUGGAGGGCCUCUUUUAUCGUCUCAAGCAGAUUGUAACCCUUCCAUUUUCAUGGAUGAAUGGUUAAAUUAUUUUGAUCAGAUCUUAUUUGGGUAUCGCAUUGCCACUGGAGUUGAACAGGAGGUUGAUUCACUUUUUAAGGGCUUCAAAGUAUUUUUCAAUAAAACGGUGAAAAAUGUCAAUCGUCUGGGUCGUCUGCCGUGUGUAGCGACCUCCUUCGCCGUGGCAAAGAUGCUUUUUGAAGAUUUCCCAGUUCGUCUGGCGUACUGGAAUAUGAUGAAUGAAACAGAGUCCGGUGAUAUACUUUGGCCACUACGAAGUUUCGCGAUGUUGGGCGAUUCGAAUGAAACGGUCAUGCGAAAUCGCGAUUACCUGCUAAAAUUUUUGGAAGUGGCGUUGGGGUACUUAUCAAAAAAGCCUCAUGUGGAUAAUAUUUUCGACGGCAACGUUCCUUUGGCGGAGUGUGUCACACGAGCCAUACUGCGUGCCCCUGGCCCAGACGGUAGUCCAGCCCCGAGUUCUCUGUAUGAGUGCUUUUCCUUUCUGCGUAAUUCCUCGCAACACACAUUUCGUAACGGUGUUGCUCAGAGCGCGGCAGACACUGUGAUUGGCUUGGGGAAAGAUGUGAAAUUACCGGUGCCACCCUGUCCUUGGGGUUUUACCCGCCCAAGCGGCAAUAUGUGGAAUGCUCAGGAGGCAUGUGUUAUGUGUCCACCGGGAUCAUUUGAUGAUGCAAAUGGUGGCUGUCGUUGUAGUACCGACUCAGUUCCCAGUGAAAACGGCUGCAAGGCGCGAGAAGACAAGGUCGCGGUCAUACCUACGUGGACGUGGGCGGUAGACCCAUCGGAGGUCUACGUCACCAAUGAUGGCGGAGAGAAUCAGGAACCCUUUCUUGUGGUGAGCCCUGCAAACAACUCUAAGGAGGAUGACAGGGUGGUCGUGGAAAUUCAUUGCUCCAAGGGACUGACACGCUUUGAUACAGAAAUGUUGAUGCCCCACAACAGCACCUCCGCCUCGGUGCAGCGUGUGAGUGUCCCCCUACAAAACUCCAUGACUGUUGUAUCAACAUCAACAAUUUUCCUAACUCUGAGAGAGUCAGCGGCGUUCGGUGGUGAGCAGUGUGAUUUUUAUGUCCAGGUGAAGUCUUCCACGUCUCGAGACUCUCCGGUGGUCCAUGCCGGAAGCGUUUUUAUUUUGCCGUCCAUUUCGGAACUUGAUAUUCAUGCCGACACCCACACUAACCCUGUAACCUCAUCAUCCUCCUCAGAGUCAGAGACGAGUUUCGCCUUGUGUAACAUGGUACCCAAGAGUAACACAGGAUCUGCGACCGUCUCAGUUUGCGUGACAUCCAGUGGAAAGUUGGCACUUUUGCUCGACACGCAAGCGUACUCGCCUCUCACCGUGAAUGCGUUUGGUAUUCUUAAACAAAAGAUUUGGGCUGAUAGAACACAAGCUGCCGCUCUCGGUCGUGGGAUGCAGCCCAUGUGGGAUCGCAUGUGUCUUGCCAUUCGAAUCAAUGUUGAACAACGGAAAGGGCUACGUGCAUUGAAGGAGGUUUUCAGUGGACAUUUUCCUCUUGCUAGAAAUAUACGUGAACGAAUUUUGCUCCCAGAUACUGCCGAGCGUGGAAUUGUAGAAAUUCAGAUCGUGGACCGCUGCACAGCCCCUGCCUAUUUACACGAUACCGCUUGUCUAAACGCAAGGCUCGCCUUUUCUUCAGGUGCGAUACACAAGGUGGCAUUUGAGUUACCGAUCAACAGUACCACCACAAAACCAGAGGUGUCCGUAAAUGGAGAAGAGCAAGGCCUCCCACGGUCCCCAGCCCCUUGGUGGAGGCUGCCACUUAUCGUGAGUAGCGCCGUUGUUGCCACACUGCUUAUAUUAGUGAGAACGCUCCUGUUGGUCUACAGGUUUUCUGCCCCUCACAGAUCUCAACGUGAGGAAGCGGAGAUGAAUGAAAUUUGUCCCGGCGACGAGCCCCAUGAAACAGAAGUACCCGUCAAGGAGGAGAAUAAGCCCUCGUUGUCGUUGCUGCAGCUGUCGGUGGUGUCUACGAGAUGUUCAACUGAAGAUUAUGCGGCGUCUGGUUAA